GCAUCGAAGCAGCAAUUUCCUCCGCAUCUCUCUCAAAGACUCCACACUCCCGCAUUCAAAGGCCGGAAGCUCGCAGGCGGUUGAAAGCGUUGCGAUGGUGGACGUGGACCACCGGAUGGCUGGGCUGGCCCCUGCGGCGCACGAGGCGGGGCUGCGCCGCCUGUCCACGCGCGCCGCGGCGGGGCCCGCGUCGGCGUCGGCGUCACCGCGCCAAGGGCUGCACUCCUUCCACGGCGUGGCGGCUGCCGUGCUCUCCCACCUCCGGGCGGCCGGAGUGGCCGUCCUCCCGGGGCUGUCCGACGCGGAGCUCGCCCGCGCAGAGGCCGAGAUGGGGUUCACGUUCCCGCCCGACCUCCGCGCCGUUCUGGCGCUCGGUCUCCCGUCGGGCCCUGGGUUCCCGGACUGGCGCGGACGCGCGGGGCUGCGGGCCGCGUUCGACCUGCCCGUCGCCGCGGCGUCGCUGCAGAUCGCGAGGGGCGCGCUGUGGCCGCGGUGCUGGGGGCUGAGGCCCGCGGACCCGGACCGCGCGCGGCGGCUCGUGCGGUCCGCCAUCCGGCGCGCGCCGAUGCUCGUGCCGCUCGUCGACCGGUGCUACCUGCCCUGCCGCCCCUGCCUCGCCGGGAACCCCGUGUUCUUCGUCACCGACGACCGCGUCCUCUGCUGCGGCCUCGACGUGCUCCACUUCUUCUCCCGCGAGUCCUCGUUCCAGCCGCUGGACGUCGCCUCCUCCCCAUUGGCCUCUCCCCUCUCCGGCGCGAGUACGUCGUACACGCGCCGGAGCCUCGACGCCGUUUGCGGCGGCCAGGCCCCGCGCUGGAUCGAGUUCUGGAGCGACGCCGCCUCCGACCGCCGCCGCCGCGACUCCUCUUCCUCGGAAGCCUCCACCGCCUCCUCCCCGUCGUCCUCAUCCUCAGGCUGCCCCUCACCACCACGGAGGUCGACUCCGCGGUGGGUCGACAACUACCUCGACGAGCUCGGAUCGGUGCUCAGGAACGGUGGCUGGAGGGACAGGGAGGUGGACGAGAUGGUCGAAGUCACGGCCUCAGGACUCUUCGACGGCGACGAGGCCCCAGCACCUGACACCGAGGCAUUCCUCGACGCACUGGUGCUAAAAACGGACCGGUGCUCGGACUCGCUCCGGCGAGCCGGGUGGAGCUCCGAGGACGUGUCCGACGCGCUGGGGCUGGACUUCCGGCGGGGCAAGCAGCCACCGCGGCCGACCGUGCGCAUUCCGCCGGAGAUCGCCGCCAAGGUCCAGCGCCUCGCGCGGGCGUUGGCGCCGCCGUGACCGUCCUCUCCCCGUUUCCGCCGGACACGAUGGCGCCUGACGCUUCUAAUCCUUUGUUAUCUCCAGUCCGAAUCAAACUACACUUGUAUAAGUGAAAAGUAAACUAGCCCAUGUUCGCCAGCAUGAACACGCGAGUAAAUUAAGCUGUGUUCAUGUGCGCGAAGCACCGUCAAUUUUAAGAUACAGUGUCCCGAAAUUCGAACCUUAUUGGCAGUAAAUAUUUUUCAGAUGAACA